AUGACAAACCUUCUCAGUAGAAAACAAUUGUUGUUAUGGCUCAUUGAAGAAGAAAUGCGCCAGUUCGUAUUUCGAAUUGCUUUAGUGAUUGAUGUUAUCUUUCGUAUGAGGUCUAAAAAAAGAAAACGUAGCCAUCAAAUUGAAUCAUACAGCAUCUUGCAAAGGAUCCCUGAUCAAGUAAAACAUCUAAAUAGGAUGACUAUGGUUAGCGAUAUAGAUUGUGUGUUGAAUCUGCGGAUGGAUAGAAAUGCGUUUGGGAGAUUGUGUAAUCUGAUGAGACAACUAGGUUCAUUAAAAGAUGGUAAAUUUGUGACCGUUGAGGAACAGUUGGCCAUGUUUUUAUCCGUAUUAGCCCAUCAUAAGAAAAAUCGUGUCGUGCGCUUUGAUUUUUGGAGAUCGGGCCAAACAAUAUCGCGCUAUAUUCACACUGUUUUGAAAGCCAUCUUGAAGCUACAUGUUCUACUCCUAGUGAAGCCUGAUCCGGUAUCUGGUGACAACAAUGAUCCACGAUGGAAGUGGUUUAAGGGCUGUCUUGGUGCGCUAGAUGGCACCUACAUAAACGUGAAAGUGCCGAAUUGUGACAAGGCACGAUAUAGGACACGUAAAGGACAGAUUUCAACAAACACGCUAGGUGUUUGUGACCAGAACAUGAGGUUUGUAUACGCAUUACCAGGAUGGGAAGGUUCAGCAGCCGACUCUAGGAUAUUGCGUGACGCUCUCAAUCGACCCUACGGUCUUAGGGUACCAAAGGGGAACUACUACCUAGUGGACAACGGCUAUGCUAAUAGCGAGGGAUUCCUAGCUCCAUACAAAGGUGUUCGCUAUCAUUUGAAAGAGUGGGGACCUACUUCAGCGAGACCACAAAAUGCAGAGGAACUCAAGCGUGGGGACCUACUUCAUUUGAAAGAGUGGGGACCUACUUCGGAUAUGCAAUGA